GGGUAUCUCUCUAAUUUAUUUAUUUAUUUCAGAUUGCUCAAAAGAAUAAAUAAAUAAAAGAAUUUGGCUGUCUCAUUUCCUUGUUCGGAAUCGGAGAAGAAGGAAGACUAGAUUCGAUGUGUUGGUGAAGAAGAUCUCGACUUUGUUCAAAAUUCCAAUUUCGCUCGCCUCAAAGAUCAUUCUCUCAUCUUCUCGACUUUGAUGCGAUUGAUUAAAUAUGGUGGAUACGGUUAUUCCCGGAGAUAUGGCUUGUUUGGAUGCAGAUUUGUUGCAGCUUCAGGAAAUGUCUUCCUUUGUUCUCAAUUCUAAACCUGGAUUCACUCAGAAGCUCUUCGACCAGUGGCUUUCUCUUCCCGAAGCUCAGCGACAGGUUGGAUCAUUGCUUAAGGAUGCUGUAGCUGGAGCUCCUAUCAAUGUUACUGGAAGUGCAUCGGGUUCUAAUUCUGCCACUAUACCAUCUAUGUUUCCUGCGGGAAGUGCUCCUCCGCUUUCACCAAGGAGUUGUGGUUCACCCCGUACAACCAAACAGAGAGCCCCUUCUAACUUAGGUUCUACUCUCAAAGUAGUCAACGAGCCUGUUAAAGAGCCUAUACCUCAGUUUUAUUUCCAAAAUGGUCGCCCUCCACCAAGCGAGAUUAAAGAGCAAUGUAUGUUUAGAAUCAAUCACUUCUUUUAUGGUCACAUGGAUGGCUUGCAGAUACAAGAAUUCAAGUUAGUCACCAGAGAAAUCUGCAAGCUCCCAUCUUUCUUCUCCACUUCCCUUUUCCGGAAGAUCGAUCUCAACAAUACAGGUUUUGUUACUAGAGAUGCAUUUAUUGAUUUUUGGGUAAACGGGAACAUGUUGAUAAUGGAUACAACGACCCAAAUCUUCAAGAUACUAAAGCAGAAAGAUCAGAGUUUCAUUGUUAAGGAUGAUUUCAAACCACUACUCAAAGAACUGUUGGCGACGCAUCCUGGGCUAGAGUUCCUGCAAUCCACACCUGAAUUCCAAGAAAGAUAUGCUGAAACUGUCACCUACCGAAUAUUUUAUUACAUAAAUAGAUCUGGCAAUGGUCGAAUUACAUUUAGGGAGCUUAAACGGGGAAACUUAAUUGAUGCUAUGCUACAUGCUGAUGAAGAAGAAGAUAUUAACAAAGUGUUGAGAUACUUCUCGUAUGAGCAUUUCUAUGUCAUAUACUGCAAGUUCUGGGAGCUGGAUACGGAUCACGAUUUCCUGAUUGACAAAGAAAAUCUUAUGCGAUAUGGAAACCAUGCUCUUACCUACCGGAUUGUCGACAGAAUAUUCUCCCAGGUUGCUAGGAAGUUCACUAACAAAGUUGAAGGGAAGAUGGGGUAUGAGGACUUUGUCUAUUUCAUUCUUGCGGAAGAAGAUAAAUCGUCAGUGCCUAGCCUAGAAUAUUGGUUUAAGUGCAUAGACUUGGAUGCAAAUGGGAUUAUUACGCGAAAUGAGAUGCAAUUCUUUUAUGAAGAGCAGUUGCAUAGAAUGGAGUGCAUGGCGCAAGAGGCUGUUCUUUUCGAGGAUAUCUUAUGUCAGAUGAUUGAUAUGAUCGGACCUGAGAACGAAAGCCAUAUAACGCUGCAUGACCUGAAAGGCUCAAAGCUCUCUGGAAACGUCUUCAACAUCCUAUUUAAUCUCAACAAAUUUAUGGCAUUUGAAACCCGGGAUCCAUUCCUCAUUCGUCAGGAGCGAGAGAACCCUACAUUGACAGAUUGGGACCGUUUUGCACAUAGAGAGUAUAUUAGGCUAUCAAUGGAAGAAGAUGUUGAAGAUGCAUCUAAUGGAAGUGCUGAGGUUUGGGAUGAGUCGUCGCUGGAGGCUCCCUUUUGAGUUCAUAAAGAAGAGAAAUGUAAAGUCCCUGAGAAGAACAUUUGGAGCUUUGUUGAGGAAGGAAAGUGAAAAACAAACGAAAAGCCGGUAGUAUCCUCUGUUGAAUACCAUACUUAGCUUGGAUUUGUUUUCUAACUUCUCUUUAUUUGUUAGCUGAUUCUACAGUUAUAUUUAUUAACAAUCGUCUAGAUUUUACAGUCUUCUUCACCUGUAUUGCAUUCACUUUGCUCUGAUGUUUCUAUCUCUGGGUGUUACUUCAUCAUCUCCAGAUGUUGAGACUUGUGAAUUUCAAUGCUAUAGUUCCUUUAAUUUUUGGUUGGUUCCUGAAGACACAGGAUGUCACUGAGAUGAGAAGAGGUUGGUUGUGUUAUUACUAUUGAUCUUGAAGUGAUGUCUUUUUAUUUGUGAAAUUCUUAAGGAAAAGCCACUUUGCUC